CUCUCUCUCCUUCCUCACUUUCUCUCUCUAGAAGAACAACUCAAAACAGUAUGUGUGAUAAGGAAAAGAUUGCACGCUCAAAGUACGCAAAUGUGAGCGAAGUUUCCCGGAAAAUUCAGCAAUUCCAUUAGCUUUUUCCCGGAAAACUCAAGAAUCGAUCAAUUUUCUCGGAAAAAUUCAGCAGUCUGUCAACUUGGGUAAUUGAAAUGCAAGACAUUCAUUCAGUGAGAGGUGGAGGGAGGUUCUUCGGGGGCUCGGGAGGAGGAGACCCGCGGCUAAGACCGCAUCAGCACCCGAACCAGCAUGCCUUGAAGUGCCCGCGGUGCGAUUCUCUCAACACCAAGUUCUGCUACUACAACAACUACAACUUCUCCCAGCCCCGCCACUUCUGCAAGGCCUGCCGCCGCUACUGGACCAAAGGCGGCGUCCUCCGCAACGUCCCCAUCGGCGGCGGAUGUCGCAAAACUAAACGCUCCCAGACGAAAAAUUCAUCUUCGUCAUCGCCGAUAUCAUCUCCGUCGCC